AUGGAUAUUUCAGAGUUAUUAGAUGUAACAAAACCAUAUGAUCUUCAAAAAGUCCAGAUGCUUGAUGAACUAGUUGGUAUCAUGUAUGGAACUCGAUUGGGAGAUAGAGUAUUAGCUGACAAGAUACUAAGCGAACUAAGGCAAAAAACCGAGUCUUGGCGUAUUGUAGGUAAUAUAUUACAAUUAAGUAGGGACUACAAUACUAAAUUUUUUGGCUUAAGCAUAUUGGAGAAGUGUAUUCAGUACCAAUGGAAAAUCUUACCCAAUGAGCAAAAGAUGGGAAUUAAGCAAUAUAUCACGGAACUAUGCAUUGAAUUAUGCCAAGAUGAGAAUAUUCUGAAUGAAAACAAGUAUUUUUUGAACAAAACAAAUGAGACGCUAAUUAUGAUUGUUAAACAAGAGUGGCCUGAUAAUUGGGAAAGCUUUAUUGGAGAUAUAUGUAAUGCCGCUAGGACAAAUCAAUACAUAUGUGAAAAUACAAUGAAGUUGCUAAGAUUAUUGAGCGAAGAGGUUUUUGAUUUUGGUGAGGAUCAAAUGAUAUCUAAAAAGGUCAGCCAUUUAAUGACUAUUUUGAAUCAGCAAUUUCCUCAAAUAUUUUCUUUAAUCUUAUUUGUACUAGUCUCAUACAUUGAAAAUCCUCAAAAUCUAAGAUCUAGUUUGGUUCUAUCUUCUUUGGAGUGUUUAUGCCAUUAUCUGAAGUGGAUCCCAUUGAGUUAUAUUUUAGAGUGUGAUUUAAGGCCCCAACUCGGCAUAAAUAUAUCAAAUGAUAAUGUAAGGUAUAAUUUGCUUCAGCUACUUCUAGAUCACUUUUGGGGAAAUUCGUCCUAUAGAUUAGAAACAAUUAGAUGUUUAACAGAGAUAGCAAAUUUAAAUUGGGAUGAUAAUAAUACAUCCAAUAUAGACAAGGUAAAGUACAUGGAUGAUCAAAUGAUACGUAUCUGGUUGAGUAUAGUAAAUCACAUUAAAGAAGUACCUAAAGAAUAUGUAGAGUAUGAAACUAGAAGAGAUAUUACAACUGCUAUUAAAUUAUACUAUGAGAAAUAUUACAAAAAUAUUACUUUACUGCUAUCUAGCUUCAUUAAAACACAUAGGGUGAGAAUUUGUGAGAAAUUACCAGAUACCAUUCAAGCUUUGGACUUCGCACUAGAUCACAUGGUUAGCAUAAGCUAUAUUCAAAAUGAUGAAAUAUUUAAAAUAUGUAGCGAUUUCUGGCUUCACUUCACAAAACAAUUGGUCUUUGAAAUUUUGGAUGUAUUUAGAAGUAGAAAUGAAUAUAGUGCUAACAAUUUGGAUCAAAACUUUGACAACCUAGUUAAUCAACCAUUACUACUCCUUAAAGAAUCCACUAACAUUAGUGAUAAAAUUCCAUCUACUACUAAUAGCCCAUUUGAUAAUCCAGAGGAAUACAGUCCAAGAUUAGUGCACUACCAAGGACUACUUUGUAGUGUUAGAAAGAUGAUUAUUUGCAGAAUGGCGAAACCACAAGAGGUCUACAUUGCAAUUGAUGCUGAGACUGGUGAGGUUUCAAGAGAGAAUAUACCUGAUACAGAUGAAAUUUCUUUAUACAAAAUAUUGCGCGAAAUUUUGAUCUAUCUUAGUAAUCUUGGACAGCAGUAUAUGGAGAAGAUCAUUUUAGAUACUUUACAAGAGGAAUUUGAUGUUGUUUGUAUUCAUUGUGGAAUUUCGUGUGUUUGUAAUAGUCCUACAGGUAGCCAAUGGAACCCUAUAAAAUUAAACCGUCUAUGUUGGGCAGUGGGAAGUAUUAGUGGUAGUUUGAAUAAGAAUAGUGAAAGGAGAUUAAUAAUUGAGGUAAUAAAGUCGUUAUUGAUGCUAUGUGAAAGAAAACGUGGUAAGGCAAACAAAGCAGCAGUUGCAAGCUGUGUCAUGUACGUUGUAGGGCAAUAUCCUAGUUUUCUAAAGGAUCAUUGGAAAUUCCUUCAGACAGUUGUAAAUAAGCUUUUUGAAUUUAUGCAUGAAACAUUUCCAGGAGUUAAAGAUAUGGCUUGUGAAGCCUUUUUAAAAAUAUGUAUGAAGUGUAAGAAAUCCAUGUCUAUCAAUAAUUUUAUUGAUAAUACUGCAGGCUCAUCUAGCUUUAUUUCAGUAAACUCUUCAGGCUCAGAGUCAACUGAAUUUCGUUUUUUAAAGUACAUGAUAAACUAUACACAGGAAUUAAUGCACCAUUUAAAUGAGAAACAGAUGCUGAUCUUGAUUAAUGGGAUAUCUUUAUGUAUAUCAUUAUUAAAGGAUAUUAAUGAACAAUAUUUAUACAUUACUGAACUACUAAAAGUAUUUGACAAUGUGUAUUGGAAUGAUAUCAUGGUAAAACUAGCUAAUUUGAAACAAGCAAAUUUUGAAAAUCAAGAAAUGAUUGGAUCUUUUUGUUCUCUUGAAGUAUCUCAGCGAGUAAUAACAAUUGUUAGAAUAAUGGAAAUGAUUGCUUCAAGUAGUGGCAUUGGAUUUUCAAGAGUUUUAACUGAAAGGAGCCAUUCUAUUAUGGAUAUCUACAAUAUAUACUCUUCUUAUAUAUUGGAAGAAAUUCAGCUCAAAGGGAUUUCAAUAAUUGCAUAUGUAAAUAUUAAGCAGUUGCGAAAUUCCAAAAAAGAAAUAAUAAAAUUAGUUAAUUCAUAUAUUACAUGCAUUUCACCAAAAAAGAAUAAAGAUAUAAAACAUAGUGAAGCUCUUGAUAUAAAUCAUUGUAAAGAUUUAAAUAUCGUGAAGUAUAGUAAUAUUACAGGUACUGAACUAUGUCACUAUGUAAUUGGACCACUAGUAAUUCCAAUAUUGGAGGAAUACAAGAAUUGUGGAAUUUAUUCUGAUGCUAGGGAAGCUCAAGUGCUGAAUUUAGCUGCUAAUGUUAUAAUGUGCUUAAGCGAAAUCAUUGAAUCAAAUAUUGAUUUAUUUAACUCCAUAAUAUUUUAUAUAUUUGAAUGUACUUUAUCAAUGAUUAAAGAUAAUUUCCAUACAUACCCUGAUCAUAGGGAAUAUUUUUAUCAGUUUCUUGCCAACUGUAAUGAAUUCUGCUUUGUUCAACUUCUGAGGUUACCAACAAAUAUUUUGACAUUGUAUAUAGAAAGUAUUAUUUGGGCUAUUCGUCAUGAGCAACCAAACAUGGCAGAAAAAGGCUUGACAAUAUUGAACAAAUUCAUUGGAAACUUAAUUCAAAGUUCUCAUAAUGGUGAAGAGAAAGUUUUCAAUGAUUUCUGUCAUGGAUUUUAUCGAUCAUUGAAUCGUGAAGUUUUAAGUGUCCUAACUGACACUUUACACACAAGUGGUUUUCAUUAUCAGACACUAAUUCUACACCAGUUGGUUAAAAUAGUGGAAUUUUCACUCAUAUCGAAUAAUGGUAAUUCAAACAACUGUGUAACCUGUGGAGGAACUUGUUUAUUAUCGAAAGUUGUUAUAAUGGAAUAUAUGGUAGAUUUACUGCUCAAAUCCUUUAUAACUGUACAAAAAGAACAAGUAGAGACAUUUGUGCUAGAGCUAUUUAACUCUGUCCAUAAUAAUACCAUUGCGGAAUUUCAAACAUUAGUGAGAGACUUUCUUAUACAAUUAAAGGAAUUCUCAAGUAUUGAUUGCAAAGCUAUAUAUCAGAUGGAAAAGAACAUGGCUAUUCAGAGAGCAAUGGAAAUUGAGAAAUCAAAAAAGUGGAUGGUACCUGGAUUAAGUAAAACUUUUAAAACACGAGAAGUUAGCUUAAGUGACAUGGAGAUAUCUGAACGAGCUUAUGUUGAUGACAAUGAUGAAUAG